AUGGUAUACCUUCAUUCUACAACAUAUAACCCUAUUGGUAAUUCCACGGAGGUACCAACUGCCUGUCAAUUUAGCAAAGAGUGGAUCGAGAAUAUAGUUGGUGUAAGAAGAGCCUCAUCUUCUCUCUUGGAAACAAUUGAUGCUUCCGUUAUUUCUAAUAAUGGCAGAGAUAUAAGUAGUAGCUCCUGCAUUUUUGAAGUUGAUGGUCCUGGAGGAACAAGAAAAACUUUUUUGUAUAGUGCAUUACUUGCUGCUAUACAGUCAAAAGGAUUUGUAGCUUUAGCAACAACCUCUGGUGUUGCAGCUUCAACUCUUUCCGGAGAACGAACUGCUCACUCCCAUUUUAAAAUUCCUAUUGAUAUUGAUGGACAAUUCUCAUGUAAUAUUAGUAAACAAAGUUCACUUGCAUUAUUUAUACAAGAUGCCAAAUUAAUAGUAUGGGAUGAAGUAUCAAUGGCCAAAAAAGAAUUGAUAGAGGCUUUUGAUUUACUAUUGAAAGAUCUAAUGGAUACGAAGAUACUAUUUGGUGGGAAAGUUGUUGUUCUUGGUAGUGAUUUCAGGCAAACUCUUCCAGUUGUUCGUAGUGGAAAAAAAGAGGACUUCAUAGAAGAAAGCUUGCAAUGUUCUAACAUUUGGAAUCGACUCAAAAAAUUGCGAUUAUCAGUAAAUAUGCGAGCAAGAACAGAUCCUGCUUUUUGUGAAUAUUUGAUGAAAAUAGGGAGCGGAAAAGAAAAAACAAAUUGGCAAGGUAAGAUUGAAAUCCCUAAUUGUUUCAUUGUUCCUUUUAUUAGUGAAAAAGAAUCGUUGAAUCUUUUAUUUAGAGUAACUUAUCCAGAUUUUUAUGCAUCUCCUUGUAAUAUGUCUUCUACAUCUUCUCGUAUUAUUCUGACAACAAAAAAUGACUUUGUUGAUGAAAUGAAUGAUAUGCUCAUAACUCAAUUAUUGGGUGAUUCUAGGACAUAUGAUGGAUUUGAUGAAACUACUGAAACAAAUGAUCAAAGUCAAUAUGAAAUUUAUUUGCAUAGCUUACACCCUGCUGGUUUACCUCCUUUUCGCGAUCAGAGCUUCCUUCAUUUACUCUUCCCCCUUAGAGAGAGUGACUUGUGGGAUCGGUUGCUUGCCUUGCACUAUGCGUUGGUCGUCGAGAGCUCAUCGAGGCUCGACCUCUCUAGGCGAGGGUUUCUCGUCGGAGAAUGCUGCUCCGAGCAUGGAGAUGAUAUGCACAAUUCUUCAAAUUAUGAUUCUUCGUUAGAGGCUGCUUUUGGGACGGAGUAUCGACCUAUCGACAUGUAUCUAGGUCAUUGGCUUCCCGAGACUUGCCUUGGGCAGACAAAUUGUCGCUGCCUUUCGCAUAUAAGUGGAGUGGCCUCGGCUUUUUUGUAG